CUCGCGAAUGACAAUAAAGGCAAAAUCUGCCUGAUUCUGUCGGUGUGCGUUCAAAACAUUGGCUGCGUGAGAAUCCGUGGGCGCUAAACUCGCGUCGAUCCGCACCUUUUUUGGCCGAUAAAGUGAGAGCUGGAAUCCAGAAUGUCAGAUCAGCAGAACGAAGGCAACAAUGCGGCCAACAAUGACGGCCGGCAGCCGCCUGAGAACAUGCAGCAGCUUUUGCGAUUGACUCUAGACGCGUCAGGCACCAACGCACCAACCCCCAGCUACGGACCCAUUUCCGAGGAGAACCGCAAGUGGCUGAACGAAGCUAUCAGCGACAUGUCCAUCAACGUGAUCGAGGAGCUGACCAAGGGCAUCAAGGUGCUCGAGCAGGUGGGCAGCAUCUCGGGCAGCGACAGCCCUGAGGAAUUCGAGAGAGUUCUCGACCUCAUCACCAAUUAUGUGGACAACAUGGACAUUUCCAAUGAUUUCCACAAAAUUGGUGGCUUCACCAUCUUUGACCCCCUGCUGUCUUCGCCGCACCCCCGACUGCGCAGCAAGGCGGCUAACCUGAUUGCCGAGGUGACCCAGAACAACGUGUACUGCCAGCAGAGGGUCACGCACCUCUUCCCCAAGCUGCUGCAGAUGGUCAAGGAAGAUCCUGAGCCUGAGGUCAAGGUCAAGGCGCUAUACGCCCUCUCUUGCUCGCUCAGGGACUAUCCUCCCUCGCUCGAGUACAUCGUCAAGUACGACGGCUUCAGCGUCCUGCUCAGUGCCAUGCAGAGCAAUAUUGAGAAGUUGCAGAUCAAGGCUGCCUUCCUCCUCAGUGCCUUGUGUUCAGAGAGCAAUGCCGUCAAAGAACAUGUGUUGAAGCAAAAACUUAUCGACCACUUGGCUGAAAUGCUCUCUAAGAAGGACCAACCAUAUGAGCACCUGCUUUCGGCGCUGCUUUCACUGGUGCGAGACCUCCCUCAGGCGCAGGAAGAAUGCAGGAGGCCAGAGUUGUACAUGUACAACAUACUGAUAAGACUCCGGGAGCACUCCAUCAUCAAUGAGAACCUCGACCAGCGACAACACUGUCAGGAACUGCUUACCCUCCUGUACAAUGAAACGUUCUACAGAUAAAAAAAAUUGAGUAACACUGUAAUCUUAAGGUAAUGAUGAGUAUAAUUUUAUGAUUUCAAGAAGGUAAGAUCACUAUUAAAAUGAAGUUGAACAGUUA